UGUGAGAAGGGGCAGGACAAAACUUUACGCUUUCAUUUCUUGCGUCAGGGUUUUUCCGUCAGUUGCCUUAGAGCUGCAUGUGGAAUGUGGAAAGGAAACACUCUGCCUGGAUAUACACAAUAUAAUCAACACAGAGGACCAUCAUUUCUCAGUAUUCCAUCAUGAAUGCUUCUGAGACGAUGGAGACAGAAGAGGAUCUCCUGACAUGUCUCCACAUCAAACUCUUUCACCCUCGACAGAGUUAUAUGGCCGUGUAUGGAGGAUUGCCCUUAAAAGACAGAAUACGACACUCAGCCGAUGAACCUCUCAAGUUUGGCCGUGAUUCCCAGGCCUGCACAUACACCCUCAGUGACCCUCGGGUGUCCCGUAAACAGCUGGCCCUCCAUGCCUACCGCACACCCCGCAGCCCAGACAUGCUGUUUUCCAUUCAGAACCUGAGCCAAAAGGGGCGACUGUUAGUUAACAAUUCAAGUCUGGGCUACCUGGAGAGGAUGGAUCUCCCAGAAAAAGUCCUCAUCCGGAUAGGGGAUUAUGAAAUGCUGAUCACCUGGGAGUCUGGUGAGGCCAAGGCAAGUUUCGAGGUAGAGUUCGAGAUCCUGUCAGUGUCUCUUACCAAGGACACAUGUCCGUGUGUUCCCACCACAACACCAGUUAUGGAUACUGGCUCAGGUUUUCCUGACGGUAACCCUGCUGAGCUGAUGUCAUCUGGCCCUCUGGAGAUGGACGAAACACUCGCAUGUUUUUCCUAAUGAACCUGCCUUAUCUGACUGUUACAUACAUUCCAUUCAUUUUUUCCCCUGCAGGUUUAGGCAAUAUGUAGAAACAUUAGAUGCCAUAGAGACUUAUACAACCACUAUUUGUAAUGUGAGUGUUUUUACUAAUAUAUUAACAUGUAUUUAAUUUUCUAUAUAUUAACAAGCUGUGAGUUUGUGAACUACAAAUACUACAUGUUUGGAAGCUGUUAUUAUUCCCUCUAUCCUGUGGUGCAUAAACAGGUUUUUGGUAA